AUGGCCGAGGUGGGGACGCGUACCGUGCCGUCGCGGCAGGGCGACCACGCGGCGGCGCCACUCGUGCCGAAUGAAACUUUGUAUAUCCAAAACCUGAAUGAGCGCGUAAAGCUUCCUGUGAUGAAGCAGUCGCUCGAGGCGCUCUUUUCGACCUAUGGCCGCGUCCUGUCGGUCGUUGCGCACGCCAACCUACGCAUGCGUGGCCAGGCAUUUGUGAGCUUCAAGAACAAAGACAUUGCAGCCAAGGCGAUGCAGGAGGUGAACGGAUUCCCCCUCUACGGCAAGGCGAUGCGGAUUACGUUUGCCAAGAGCAAGUCGGACAGUGUGGUGCACCACCUAGCCGGUGCGGGUACCGACGAAGCAGAUGCUGCGCUGGAGGCGCACAAGAGUGCGCGCCUCGCCCAAAAGCCCAUUACGCGGCGCCGGAAUAUCCUACGGGAGCGCGAGAUGCAGCGCAAGCGCAAGGCCGCCGAGGCCGGCAUACCCGUGACGGCUGUCGAACCCAAGUCGUCUUCACUUGCGCGCGUCCAGGCUAACCAACUUCCUGACGAGUAUCUCCCCCCCAACAAGAUCCUCUUUUUGCAGCAGAUCCCCAGCGGGACGACGAAGGAGGACUUGCAACGCAUCUUUGGCGCCUUUCCCAAUCUCCACGAAGUGCGCACCGUCCCCGGACGAUCAGACAUUGCUUUUGUGGAAUACAACGACAUCCCUUCUGGCGCGCAGGCGCGCGAUGCUACGAACGGCUACGCGCUCCCCAGCGGCGAGCGUCUCAAGGUGUCGUUUGCACGUGCAUAA